UUCAAUUUCAAGCCCUAAACCCCUCUUUUUUUCAGCCCUAAAACAAAAACCUUCUCCACACACUGUUUCGAAUUCGAUCCCUAAAAAUGUCGGACAUUCCCUCCGAACUCUACGACAACAUACUCCGGCGAGUGCCCGCCGAUUCUCUCCUGCGUUUUCGGACCGUCUGCAAGGAGUGGCGCCGCCUCAUCGACGAUCCAUCCUUCAUCAGAUCUCACACCGACAACCAACUCUCCUCCGCCACUCUCCUCAUCAGAAACUCAGACGGUACUCGCCUUUAUUCUAUAUCUUUUGACUCCCUCGACUACAACAACGAUGCCCACCAAGUGCUCGACGUAAUUCCUGUGCAGGCUUUGUACCGCAAAGGCGUCCCUCGAAUACCUGAGUUGCCGGUGGCCUCCUGCAACGGCCUGAUGCUCCUUUCCGAACCCUACAUCGAAAAGACAUGGCUAGUGUGGAACCCGUUAACCCGACAGUUGCACAAGUUGCCCGAACCCGACAUCAAAUAUCCACGCUUAGUAGGUAGUGGGAUUGGAUAUGAUUCUGCUUCCGAUGACUACAAAGUUGUGAGGGUAGAUCGACUGUACCUUGGUAAUGAAUCUGUGUACCAAACUCGUGUUUAUAGUCUGAAAACGAAAUCUUGGAAAAUGAGCGAGGAUUGCCCUCGUCAUUUUCCCGUGCCUAAUCCGAACGCAUCGGUUUUUCUGAAUGGGGUAAUGUACUGGAGAUCACAUGAAUUCGUAAUUGCUCUGAAUCUUGAGACCGAACAUUACCACAAACUUCCUCUCCCACCUUGUUUAGGGAAUCCGUUCGAAACUCAUCUCGAUGCUUUGGGCGGAUUCUUGGUUCUGAGUGAAUACUACUCGAUGAAGCGAAUCGAUGGAUGGGUGAUGAAAGAUUAUGAGUGGGUGAAGUUGUUUUCGUUUGGCGGAGUAUAUGGUAGUGGUUUUAUGUGGAAUCUCAGGCCGGUUGCUUAUCUCAAGAGCAAAGGGCAGCUUUUUCUGCAACAUGAUAAAGGGUUUUUUAUGUUGGACAUGCAGAAAAAUUUUGCGAAGAAGUUUACGAUUGAUGGGCUCCCGGAUAAUUUCUCUUCUCAGUUUUUCCCCAGAAGCCUUUUUCGACUCGAUGAGAGUUGUGAUGUUGCAGUGGAAAGUACAGCAGGGAUGAAGAACAAGUAUAAUCAAAGGUUUAAGAACUCUGUAACAAUAACCGAUACUCGUUCUCAUUCCUAUCGAAGUGAUGUUUAGUACUUUGGAGGAGUUGUUUUGUUUUCUUUUGUGGAAGUGAAAGCAAUGGGUGAACCGAAGAUGCCCGUUCGUCAAUCAAUCGUUUCUUCUCCAAUUCCUUUUUGCGUGGAUAAAUAUGUAAUUAUCUUAUAUCUACCACAUAAUAUUGUAAUGUUGACUUUUGUAGAUGGAGCUAAUGCUCAUGGUUAUGAAUUGAAGUAUUCUUAACAAAUGUUGCAA